AUUAAGCAGCCUUGAAAAAUUAAUUUACUGUUACCCGAAUUAAUAAUGUAACAUUCACGUAACACGGUUAUUGGGAAAGGUAGAAGUUUAUUCAAAUACACAGUCGCCAACACAGCUUCAGACUGUCACUUACUCUAGAACUAUAACGCUACCUUACAGCAUACCAUGUGUCACCGGUGAAUGCAUUUUGACACACAUACUCGACUCAGUUUCAUUGACAAUGUUGUAACUACCAAACGUUUUUCAACGCUUCACACCGCGCCUGCGCAUUGACCCGAGCCUGCGCUGUUUUCUGCUGGAGGCAUUAAGAAGUUGCUUUGCUGGAAACACAGCCGCUGCAGCUGGAGCGAAGCGCGAACGUGCAGACAGAGCAUUGCACACUGGGACAAAAUCAACAGGAAUAAUGUACGUGCGUGAAUGUACAUUUUACAAGCGAGGCGAGACAUCUUCAACUCAUUAGCAGACGCCUCCUGCUGUGGCUUUUGAAUGACGGUCUCCUUCAGCCAAGUCCACGUAUUGAGAUGAUCUAUUUUUGUGAUGGCGAAGGGGCUGUUUCCACGGGCCUGGGUGAAGAAGUCCUUCUAUUUCCAGGCUCGUAUCUCCUUUGUCAGGGUGAAGUACUUGUUCCUCACUUGGCUGACGGUGCUGGUGGGGAGCUGGGUGCUCUAUGUGCAAUACUCGGCCUACACGGAGCUGUGCAGAGGGCACCAGUGCAAAAACGCCAUUUGUGACAAAUACAGGAAGGGAAUCAUCGACGGCUCGGCCUGCAGCAGCCUGUGUGACAAGGAGACCUUCUACAUGAGCAGAUGUCUGUCAGCCCUCCCAAACAACCAGGUGUAUACUGGAAGCUGGGGAGACCAUGAAGGAAUCAUUCGCUGUAAUUUGGGCAGAGUUGUACACUACGAGAUGGGCGAGGAGCUGGAGCCGCGGAGGGAGGCCCCCGUGUUCGACACUCCCACUCGAGGCACGUCGGUGGAGAAGUUCAGAGAGAUGGUCUUUAAUCACCUCAAGUCCAAGCUUGGAGAUCAGGCCAAUCUCGCCGGUCUGGUCAGUGUCAUCCUGUCUGUGGCGGACGGCAACAAAGAUGGAAAGGUGUCUCUGCCAGAAGCUCGCUCUGCGUGGGCCCUCCUGCAGAUGGAUGAGGUGCUUCUUGGCCUGCUGCUUCAGGAGCGUGGACACACUCCCCGUCUUCUUGGCUACUGCGGCGACCUCUACAUGACCGAACGUGUCCCCCAUGCCCCGCUAUAUGGUUUCUCCGCACCCUGGCCGCUUGUGUCCUGGGUGCCCAGCGGCUUACAGCGCACGAUGGACCAGUGGUUCACCCCCUCGUGGCCCCGCAAGGCUAAGAUCUCCAUGGGCCUGCUGGAGCUGGUGGAGGACAUCUUCCAUGGGACCUACGGCAGCUUCCUCAUCUGCGACCUGGCGGCGGUGCACUUCGGCUACACCGACGGCCACGAGCUGCGUCUCACCAACCCCCGCACCGUGGUGCCCGAAAGCCAGUUUCGGCGCAGCAUGCGGGCGCUCAGGUGUGACACGGACGCCGACUGUGUGUACGGGGUGGACUGCUGGACGUCAUGUGACAUGUCAGAUAAACGGUGCAGGGAGGAGCCGGUGCGGCCAAAUUUGGCCAAAGCGUGCACCGUGCUGAAGGACUACCUCCUGCACGGGGCGCCGUCUGCGCUGAGGGAAGAGCUGGAGAGGCAGCUGUAUGCCUGCAUGGCCCUCAAGGGGGACGCUGGGCAGAUGAACAUGGAGCAUUCGCUUCUCCUCAACAACCUGAAGGCUCUGCUGUGGAGACAGAUCUCACACACCAAGGACUCAUGACCAGGAGGAGCUGAGGUGGUAACAAUGCUGUUGAAUUAAAUUAUACCGCCUUGAUAUACUAUAUGGGCAUAAGUAUUGAGACAUCACUCUCACUUAAUUACCCUAUUGACACAAAUAUAAGAAUCAUUUACACAUGCAAACCAACAAGCUGCCAGUCUUUGCUCGGUGCAGCAAUCAUAAUGAAAUCUGAGUGAGCCAGGCCCUCACAAAUGUGCUGUCAAUCCCUACAAGUCUUAAGAGCAGGGGUGUCCAAACUUUUUCCACAAAAGAAAACGUACUGAAAAAUGGCGUAUGACAUUUAGUUUUUGCUUUCUUUCCCAUUUUUUUCCCCCAAAUUCAACUUUUUUAUAACUUUUCCUCCAACCUAAUGUUCCAAAAUUGACUUUUAAUUUCUCAUAUUGUGACUUCGAAUUAAAAUAACUUUAAUAUUUCAACUUUAUGCAACUAAAAUGUUAUAUUUCCUUAUAUCAUACGUUAUUCUCAUAAGAUGACAUCUUCUCAUUGCAAAAUUACUGCCAACUUUUCCAUUGUUGCUUUAGUUUUGUUAUAUUUCCACCCCCGUCUUGUGGGCAGGUGUCCAAAUACUUGUCCCCAUUUAGCAUAGCUUCAGCAGCUGGAAAACCGACUAGUGAUGCUUUAAAUGAAUACUGACAGAAUUGGACAAAAUAUUACUGCUGGAUAAACCAUAGCUGGGAGGCGUAUUGAAGACUAUCCAAUCAUGUGUUGGACCUUUUCCUGUUUUUUUUUUUUUUUUUCAAUUUAUAUCGCUUUCAGUGAGUAUGACGAUAUGAAGAAUCCAUGUCUAAUGUGACAGUUUUUGCAUGCUUACUUUUGACAAAGCCAGGGUGAAAAAAAUGUAUUGCGUUUGGGACUGUGCAUUGUUCACGGUUACUUGAUGACCGUCAGUAACCGGUGGGACAUUUCAGGUGGCCAAAUCUACUAGGAAGAAGCACAAUCAUCACCUGGUGACACUGCCUCCUUUUGAUGCCUUGGUCAUUAAUGAUGCGAAAGAAGGUGAAUAUCAAUCGUCUUGAUCACAGAGAUGUGUAGUCAUUUGUGAAUGUUGUAUUUUUCCACGAGAAAAUGUACUGUAUCACUUUUGGGUUUGACCCAUCACAGUGCCAUAGAAAACAUGCUGAAAUCAUCUGCUGAAUGUUACACACGAGUGAAGAUCUUUAUGAAUUGAACGCUGUAUAUACAGUGUGCUCGACACUAAAGACACACCUGAUAAUGAAGUAACUUUGUAAACUUGUAAAAUGCGCCAUGAUACCCAGAAAGUUGUGUGCUGCUGGGUGGACAAAGAUGUUAACGCAUGAUUUUGCACAAUGACAAUUUUGCGUUUUUUUGUUUUAAAUAUCAUAUCACCUGCCUUCUUUCUUUUUGAGUCAUUAAGUGGGUAAAGUAAAAUGUGCAAUGGGACCAAUGUGAAGGAAUAAACUGUCACCAGCAUUCCUCCAAGUAUCACUGAAGACACAACAAAGAGUCGAGUUUGUAACAAAUUUACUAGUGUUGCAUAUGGAGCUAACGCUAACCGUCCCCUGCUUCCCGUUCUUGCGCUCGUAAGAAGCUGGCUUUUUUCUGGGCGACGCGGUCCUUCCUUUGCGCCAGAGACAACUUGGAGCGAUUCCACCUGCCCAGAAAGAGGAGCAAGAACCGCCAUUAGCAUUCAGGACAGUUAGCGGUGACUGGGGAAGCGGCCAUUUUUCACCUGUUGCGUGACUUGGCUUCACGUCACAAAGCCAAAAUUUCCAUGUGAGGCAUGCGAGGUUGUGUCACUUCAUUUGAAAGAAAAUAAAACACAAAAAUAACACCUACCUCUUCUUUUGGAC